AUGGCCCUCAAGCUUCCGGAUUUUGCAGAGGAGACAGAUAAGUGGCAAGCGUGUCUCGUUAAGAUUGACGCGUAUUUCGAAGCAAACGAAGUUACGGACGACGCUAAGAAAAGGGCCUUGUUGGUGGCAGCGUUAGGAUCGAGGACCGUUGAAAUCCUUUGCGGCAGAAUCGCACCGCGAAAACCAAGCUCGCUGAGCUAUGAAGAAGUUGUUUCAACGUUGAACGAGUACUAUGAUCCGUCCCCUAACGAGAUAUCUGAAAGCUUCAAGUUCUUUCACAGAAACCAACAAGAAGGGGAGUCCGUGCAGGCGUUUAUCGUCGAGAUUCGCAAGCUAGCUCAUAACUGCAACUUCUCUUCGAUGUUGGAGCGAAUGCUGAGGGACCGCAUCGUGUGUGGAGUGCGCUCGAAAAACCUGCAGAAACAGCUAUUAGCCAAAAAGGACUUGAGCUGGCAGAAGCGGAAGCACUUGCUCUAG